GAGGCGCCUCUCCAUUGGCCCAGUGGAGCCCCCGCCCCCGCCGGGGGACGCAUUGUGAUUGGCCCCUCCCUUGGCUAUAAAGUGGUUGGCGUCGGGCAGUGGGAGCGCGCGGGAGCGCACGGUGGGGCGCGGCAGACGUGGGGAUACAGCGCGGGAAGGGACUGACCGGGCGCCCAUGGCUUUCGCGCUGCUGCGCCCCGUCGGCGCGCACGUGCUGUACCCGGACGUAAGGCUGCUGAGCGAGGACGAGGAGAACCGCAGCGAAAGCGACGCGUCGGACCAGUCGUUCGGCUGCUGCGAAGGCCUGGAGGCAGCGCGGCGAGGCCCGGGCCCCGGGGGCGGGCGGCGGGCGGGCGGCGGCGCGGGCCCUGUGGUAGUAGUGCGACAGCGGCAGGCGGCCAACGCGCGGGAACGGGACCGCACGCAGAGCGUGAACACGGCCUUUACGGCGCUGCGCACGCUUAUCCCCACCGAGCCGGUGGAUCGAAAGCUGUCCAAGAUCGAGACGCUGCGCCUGGCUUCCAGCUACAUCGCGCACCUGGCCAACGUGUUGCUGCUGGGCGACGCGGCCGACGACGGGCAGCCGUGCUUCCGUGCGGCCGGCAACGCCAAGACCGCCGCCGCCGCCGCCGCCGACGGCCGCCAGCCGCGCUCCAUCUGCACCUUCUGCCUCAGCAACCAGCGCAAGGGGGGUGGCCGUCGUGACCUGGGAGGCAGCUGCUUGAAAGUGAGGGGGGUAACCCCUCUUCGAGGGCCUCGGAGAUGAGCCUGGGCCUCUGCAACAUUUGUUCCAAGUAGGACUCUGGAGAAGGAGACGGAAGCAAGCCACUGGCUGGGAAGGGGAGAAGACCCCAGAUGCCAGACCCACCCCUUUUCUGUGUAGGGAUUAGGGGACAAUGGCCUGAGCCCAGGGUCUUUCAGGCAAGGCCCCUGGAACAUCUCCAUCCCACCUUGGAGACCUGUGAGGACCCAUCCAGCUUGCCCAGGCCUAGCUGCUCAGAGACAAGGCCAAACAUUUGGAAAACCAAAGACUUGGUGACCUCUAGAGGGUGUGUGCAAGUGUGUGCAUGAAUGAGGGUGUGCAUGAGAGAGAGAGUUGGUGAGGUUUAAAAUAAAAAUAUUUUUAAAUAAGA